UUUAUUUUGAGGAGCUCCAAAAAAAUAACUGAAUUCAUCCUGAUUGAUAAAACUGCCCGUCCCCUGACGCCACCUAAAUGACGUAAACAUUAUUUCAAUUCUUUGAAAACUCGAACAUCUCUUGAAGAUGAUGAAAAUAUCAGCACUGAACGAGGAGUCUAGCGAGGAAAGCGAUGAGGAGAAUAAUAUUCCGAAGAUCACGAAAGAAGCUCAGGAGCAAAUAGCAUUGACAGAGUACAACAAAGCUCUGCAGCUGCUGAAAGCUGAGAAGAUAGAAGACGCCCUGAACAUCUUGAAGGACCUCCUAGAAACAGAGUUAUUGGAUCAGGUGGAGAAACCUGAGGUACCAGACGGCAGGACUCGACCAAUGCUCUCCCUCAAGUACUGCUGCUACAAAAAUAUCGGUGGCAUCUACGCUCGACUGAAGAGCUACGAUUCAGCGAUCGAUAACUACUGGGAGGCAACUAAUCUCGAUGACACCGACGUGAUGCUGUGGUACAGGAUGGGCAGUCUUGCCAUGGAGACAGGAAAUUUAGAAUUCGCCUGUUCGACGUUCAAACAAGGCCUUAAGUGCAAUCCCAAUCACUGGCCUUGCCUCGACAGCAUUAUUACAGCAAUGUUUGCAGUUCCGGACUACACCAACUGUCUGCUGUACAUAUCGAUGGCCUUGGAGCGAGACCCAAGCUACGUCAAGGGUCUUGCCUUCAGGGACAAGAUCUUCAAGGACAUUCCCUUUUUCCAGGAAAGCUACAAGCUUUUCAAUCCAGACUGGCAGCUGGAUCCCCCUCUCGACACUGAGUACGACAGAUGCCUAGGGGAAAAACUCCUUAAUGAAGCUAAACAAGUGGCAGAAAGGUGGAUAGAGGCGUGCAGACCAGAUUUCGAGUUCAAACCCCUCCCAGACGUCUCCUUGAAGAAACCGCUGGAGAAAUUCACGUGGCUGGAGCUUGGGGAGUCCCUCAUAGAGAUGCAUCAUUACAUUACCGAUAACAACUUAAAUUUCGCUAGCAAACUCAACCUGAAUGUCGAUGUACCGAGGGACCUGGAAAGAGAAGAACCUGGACUGAGUGAACAGACUGAAAAUGACAGGAUGGAGGAAACAGAGGUCAUCCAUAAGGAGGAACCAAUCCCUGAAAUUCUCUCAUCACCGAGCAUCGAGAUAGAUUGUGAGAUAGACCUGAAAGAGAUGAACGGAAAAAAAAUAAAUAAACUCAACGACCAACAGCUUCCCCAGGUAACCACAGAAAUGGAAGUUAACCUGGAGGACAAAUCGAACCCCUCGAGUGACGUCUUGAUAAUCGAGGACGGAAAAUCCAUAAAACUGGACCUCCCCGAGAUAAAAACUGAGGUGGAUGAGAAAAUGGAGGACUUCACGGAGACCAUAAACAUCUCGAACGACACCGAUGUAACUCUACGGCAGGAAAAUUCAUCCGAGAUUAUUCCUGUCUCCUCGGAGGAGCCUAAAAUCUUGGACGAGGUCGACAAGGUAGAAAAAAAUCCAAGAAAUGAGAAGAGUGAGCAAGCAGAGGCGAAGGAGGAGCAGCAGAAGGUGAAGAAACGUCGAAGGAGUUCACUUUGUUUUCUGCAACAGUGGGCGUGGAGCAGCAGCAGCAUGAGGAGAUCACCUAGGGUGAGGGGCUCCAAUAGACGAGAACCAGAGAGAGACGAUGUAGAGCUGGAAGAGACCAUGAGAAGAAUAUUCCCAAGUAAUUUACUGCCUGACACCGCUAAAAUUAUCAGGGAUGAUCCUCUGAAAUCAAUGGACGACUCAAUGGACACGAUGGACCUCUAUCAGCUCUUCGCAUCUCGUGAGACGACAAAUACAGAUGGAAUCAAGAGCUCGGAGAGCUCCAAAUCGCCCAGUCCUCUCGACGAGAGCAUGAAAUACUUCGGUUCAGAGAUGGAAACAUCUGACAUUCAAGACUUCAUCGCCCAAUACUCGGGGAAAAAUAAUCUGAUGGUGAUAAUAGGAAUGUUCACCGAGUUUCUGUCAACGAAGUGGGAUCAGGAAUGGCCGGAGGAGCUCCCUGAUGUGUACAUCAAGACAUACCUCUUUACCAGAGAGCACAUUCCCCACUCAUCACCAAUCAGUGAUCCGGAGGAGAAUGAGUCGAUCCUGAAGCACGACGCAGAGAUGACACUUCUCUUCGCAGAAUUCCACACUGACAAGUGGUUGAACAAUCGACCUGCAUUAGUGCCUUCGGCCUCGGUGGAUAGAUUUGGCACGGGAAUACCCUCUGAAGAAUUAGGCUACAUAAUCUUUGCCAGUGUUCGAGAUGAUGUGCUGAGUGGAAAACCUAUGAUCUUCCAUCUGCGGCUCCUCUGGGUGCAGGUAAACCUCUUCAUGUGUCAGGGCGAUACUGAAGUGUCCAUGAGGACUCUUGAGCGAAUGAUCUACGACCUUCAGCAGUCUGACUCCACAAUGAUCUCAGUGAAGCUGCCAAACUGCAAGUACUAUUCGAAAAUUGCUCUUCCAAUCGUUCAAAAACGCCUGACCUCCAUCGAAAGAGGGAAGAAGCUAGGUGAAGUCCAGAGGCUCUACGACGAACAGAAAUACUCUGAGCUAGCUCUUAUUCUCCAGGAGACGUUUAAAUACGCCAAGCAAAGGAACGAGGUGAUGACAGGUCUGAAACUCAAUGUCGAGCGGGUGAAGCAACUGUCAAUGCUAUUGGACUGCCUCUGGCAGCUGGAACAGUACGAGGAGUGCUUCAUCUGGGCGGAGGCCUGUCUCAACGAGGCGUGGCAGGUUUAUAUCAAUUCCGGGGAGGAGUCUGAGCGCAAGAAAUGGGCUCAGAGUGUCCUCAACUCACUGGAGAAACUCGAGGCAUGUGCAGAGAUCUCUGGAACAUUUGUCAUCAAGUAUCUGGACGCCAAGAGCUCUCGAUUAGUACAGAAUUUGAUUCAAAUAACGUGCCACCAGCUGGACGUCCCAGAGAACUCGAUGGAAAUGCCUCUAGAGACUGUUACUCCAUGGAUUCUUCUUCAUCACGUUCUCCAGCAUGAAGAGGACAAGGAAAGAGGAAAAUCCAGGCAACCCCAGAAGUCAAGACCCUCAGACUUCCACGAUACAGAUACUGAAGACGAGGAUAAAGACAUACCAUCACCGUUGAUGAUCCUCUUUACAGGUCACGAGUUCCUGGGGAGGCACGCCUGGUGCUGUAUGAAUGAGGCCAAAUUGCUGCUGUUCACUCUGAAGACAGUGAUUCCUAGGCUGUGCGGACCUCGAUUAGCUGUGCUUCGAGAAAAAAUCGACAAGUACCUCGAGCAGAUUUUUUGGUGUCUCUAUGGCCACCCCAACAGAACAAAUAAAAUCAAGCCUAAACACUUGGAGGACCAUCAGGUACCCAUGAUUCCUCUGACCUGGGACAUCGCACAGUUGCUUUUUGAGUUCUACAGACCUGAAGUGAUCCCCGAGUUCGAUUCAGCCAAGCCGAUGUCCAUAUCAGCUGAUAUCCACCAUCUGUUCAAGAAAAUCAGCACUCUAGUGCCCAAGGAAAGUGAUCCCAGCGAUCUCGUCGAGGAGAUGAUGAAUUACAUUGCGGGUGAGCACGAUAGGAGGCCCACUGUUACAAAAUCCUUACCGUACCAGGUAAACGCUCUCUACUAUCUCCUAGCAGAUCAUCUUUUCAAGAACAGUAAUUUUUCAUCAGCUGUGAAGUAUUACGCAAUGGACGUGAUUAUUCACCCUGGGGCAUUCAACUCGUGGAUAGCCCUGGCGAUGUCAGUGGGAACAGUGAUGGGUACAUUUUUGAAUAACUGCAAGCCCAUACUUGAUAUCAACAAGCUUCUAUUCCAGGCAAAGAUGGCACAGUGCAGCUUCGAGCGAGCUGUCGAGCUCAAGCCUGGUCACAGUGUCAUGUGGAUAGAGUACGGCAAUUUCGUGUACAUGGUGCACUCGUUUUGCUCGAGACUUCUGAAACAGGAGUCUGAUACUCUUAGCAUGGAGAAAUUCGCAAUACUGGAAAGUAGAAAAGAGACGACGUUGGAAGCUGCUGAUAACUGUUUUCAAUCCGCCAACAGAAUUUACCUGGCGAAUAUUGAGGACGAGCCUCAUCAGCAGGACGAGCGUUGGCUGUAUCAUUACAUGCUGGGAAAAAUAGCGGAGAAGAGGAACGAGGAUCCUCCGGUGUUUCUAGAGCACUACGAAAGAGCUAGUGAUCUCCUGUACAAGAACAACGCUCAUUAUCCAAAGAGAAUAAGCCUGAAGAACGCCAAUAAUUCGGCGGUGGAAGCCCUCGAGGUCCAUUACCGAAUUCAUGCGAGUAUUCUCAAGUACUUGGAGCAACAUGAGGGCAAACCUCUGAAGAAAUCCCUUGGGCAAUUGUUUCUCAAGUGUCUUGUUGAGUGUGCGAGUGGCCCUUUCAUGCAGUAUCCAUCGAAGCUCAACCGGAGACGAAAGGAGGACAUCAAUGAGGAGAGGAUCUUGAGAGAGGAAACUCAUCCCUCAGAGGUCAUUCCCAAGAAUAGAACUCAGGAUAAACGUCAAAACAGUGUGGAGGAAGUGGCAGUACCGGAGAAAAUUGAGGGAAAAGGGAGGGAAAUAAAAAGUGAUAAUAAAAAACGAAAGAGAGAUAAUGGGUGUGAGGAGUCUACUAAGAGAAUGAAGGUGGGGAAUAUCUCGCAUCUACAACUGAUGCAGGAUGUACUCUCUAUCAUCGAUGAUCUGAUAACAAAAGUAUGUGAUAAUAAUCUCCAGAGGCCGAAGGACACGCAAAAGGACUCAAGUGAUGAAGUAAUGGUAAUAUCGAGUGACGAAAGUGAUAGGGAGCGUCAUGCACCUGAGAAAUUUGUGAAUAAAUUCAUCCCUGUUAAUGCUCAAGAUAUGAUGGAUGAUCUCAUGAAGCAGAUGCUCGAGGAACAGCCAUCGCAAACUGACGAGGAGGAGAGCAGAAAGAGCGAGGGCAAGUGGAUGCAGCACGAAGAGGUAGCGCAUCAAGGGAGUGACAUUGCCAGGGACAAACAAAUUAACAAGGAGAAACAUGCCGAAAGAAAGAAGACACAGGUGAAUGCUGUGAAGGAAGAGGCCACUAUGAGCCGCAGGGGAUCGCAGGAGAGCACCACUACUACACUCACUACCACUACAAAUGAGACUAAUAAUUCGAGUUUCAGUAGCAGUGACGAGUCCAGUAGCAGUGAAGACAGUUCGGAAAGUGAUAGCUCCAGUGUUGAUAGUGAUAGUGACUCGGCCGACAGCGAGAGCGAUAAGAAAAAAAGGAUCGUCGAGGAAAAAGAGGAAUAUCUCACAGACAUUGAAGUCGCAAAAAUCAUCAGCUACUGCCUGGCAGGCCUGGAGCAGUGUGUCCUGAGAUUUCCAGGCCACUACAAAUCUAUUUAUCGUCUCUCUCAUUUUUAUUUCAAUAACAAAAGUGCCAAGGACAACAACAAGUGUCGGGAUCUGCUCUUGGGAACAUUCAAGUGUCAGUACCACACAGGGAUGACUAUCCAGGGGCUCUUCGCUGACAGGAAGAGCACCAAUUUUUUUAAUGGUGUUUGGCGUAUUCCAACUGACGAAAUCGAUCGUCCAGGCAGCUUUCCAUCGCACAUGUCAAGAUGCGUGACUCUCUUAAUGCAAGUUCUUAAGGAAACCGAUGACAGCCGAAUGCUGAUGGAGCUGUGCAUCCAGCUGAGAAAAAUCCCAGAUGCCGACAAGAAAUACGUGCGAGACUCAGAACGUGAGCAAUUAUCCCGUCAAGCUCUGACCCUGAGCCUUCAGUCCCUGCGUACCAGAGUGCAGUUAAUGAGCCCUCCACCUGGGGCUGACAAUACGCAACUCUACCGCAUCGAUUCUCGAACCCACGUGCUGCUCGAUGUAUACAAGAUCUACCAGCAAGUUCAAAAAAAUUUCCAAGGCAAAGAGGUGCAAGCGUUUGCGACUCUGUUGGUGGACACUUAUAAGUGCUACAUGGGUAUAAAAACAUCGGAGGGAAAUCUUUUGGAGGCUGCGGUGCGCUGCUGCCAGCAGCAGAAGCUGGCGAACAAGCCUCAUUUACACCAGCACCGAUCGGAGGCUCCCUUAGGGCCCCUUGGCCAUCCAGCAGUUGUUUCACUCCCAAAUCAGCCCCUGAACUGUCCAAAUCAGGCGCCGCCAGUGCCUACCUCACCCCAGACAACUCAGCAACGAAAACCCUACAAGUCCUCUGGGACUGGUCGACCCAGGGGCCGUCCCCCCAAUGUCAACAAGUUCCUCUCAAUGCAGGCCUCCAACGUGCUGAACCAAUUCAACGCGAAAAUGGGUUUUGCUGGGAAUAUGUCAGGCACUACGAGUCAACCCCUGAUGAAUCCCUUCUUCGUAAAUCCUCUUAUGGACCAAAACAUGGUAUCAGCGAUGUUAGCAACAGGCUUGGGUGGCAAUAUGAUGGACCCUUACUCAGCAGUCAAUUAUUUGAAAAAUUAUCAGGACAUCCUGCGCCAGUACCAGAGCAAUCUAUCGUCCAUCGGAGGCCUCGCUGGAUUUAGCAAUCUUCCAAUUUCACAUUCCAGCUCGAGUGGGACUCUCCCCAUGAUGAAUAGCACCAUAAACACCACGAGCUCCAUGCCUCAGGCAGGAAUGCCAGGACUAGGCUCCAUGAACAACAUGGGAAGCUUGACUGUCCAGCAGCUGCUGAAUAUGCAGAACUCCACUGCCUCUACGACAUCUGGAAUGAUCUCCACCCCAAAGGAUCAUUCUCACUCUGUGUCAAUUACUCCAGUGGCACACUCCAAGAAAUCCAAGCACCUACACGAUAUCGCCCCUUUGGGGAAGAUGCAGAAACCUCUGACUUCGCCCACACAGGUUUCUCUGUUAAAACCCUCUGUGCUUCAAUCACCCAAGACCACUCCACCGAAGCAGAUGUCAGCGCCGCAGAUCAGGGUCUCCAAGAGUUUGACCGAGCCCCAGCCAGCGCACAAUGCAUCAUUGUUAAACCCCAUAAAGAGUGCAAGUCCCUCGGGGAUUAAUCUUCCGGUGAGUCAUGCCAGUUUGCAGGCCUCGGGGCUGAAUAUCAAACCGGUGUCCAUGGGGAUGCAGAGGGGAACGUCUCUACAGCACAAGUUACUGUCGAAGAAGCAGGGCCAGCCUCUAGCUCAGAAGCCACAGCACAAUCCACACCAAAAUCCACAUAAAAAACAGAAAGUCAAGCCACAGAUGGCAGGAGUCCAUCCUGGGCAUUAUGAAAGAUUCAUGGAGAUGGCGGGAUCACCUUUCAGACCUUGCGAGCUCAGUGGAAUAUCUGUCAGUCCUGUUAGCCAGACUGUAGCCUCAAAAAUACCUCUUAAACCUACUUUUAGGAAGAGCGGCAAGUCCAAAGGGGUGGAUAUGACUGGGGGCAGUAUUCCAGGGACUUCCACUGCUGAGACAUACUCUGUACUCAAUCAGCUGCAGCAGCAAUCCCAUUUGGAGAUCAUUCCCCAGGGGAAACAUUCGAAGAAUAUCGAUUUUGGAAAAAAUCUGCCUUUGCCUUUGGGUGGGAUACCGCAAAAGGAGGCGAGACCUGCCGGCACGGAAUCGAUGGCAGUUUAUGAAGUACCUCGGAGGGCCGGUAAUCCUGCCAAGAAAACGGAGAAGAGUCUGAAGGAUAAUGUGGAAAUAAUUACACUGGAUGAUUGAGCGGGCGAGCGUGAGCAAGUUCUUUCUCAUUAUGUUUUGUGAUAAUAUUUCGGUUAAGUAGUUAUAGUCACAAUAUUUGUAUUUAUGUAUUUAUUUGUAGAUUUUUCAU